CCCUCCGCCUCGGGACCCCAGAGAGAGAACCGACCGCCGUCGACCUGCUGGUAUCCGUGCCAUCUCCGGUGGUUGCCGAUUUCUGCGCCCGCGGAGAAACACUCCGGACACAGCUCGAUAUCGGGGCAGUCGGUGCAGCGAAGCCGCAGGCAGAACAUGAAGAAAAUGAGUUGAAGGAUGACACUGAGAGGGAGGAGGAUUCUUUCAUUCUUGCAGACAGACAUGAGAAAGAAGACUCUGAAAUGGUUACAUCGGCUCAUGAGAGCGGGAAAGUCACAGAAGAAGGGCCCUCUGUUGCCGAAGCCGCCACCUGUGAGCCUGAAGAGACCGGUUCAAAUGAGCUGCCAAGUGAAGACUUGGAUGUGAAGCUGAAUGAAGUCACUGAACAGCCUCUGACCCAGGAAGAAAGUGUUGCUUUUGAGAGCAGUUGUGACGAUGGAUCUCCCAGGCUGCAUCUUGACACCCCAGACAGGCAGACCACCGGUGUUGAGGAGCAGCAGGAGGAAGAGGAAGUCAGUGCUGCUCCAGACAGAGAAAACACCAGGUAUGAAGAGUCCAGGCGGAAGCUCCAGGAGCUGAUCAGGGAGAGGGAUGAGGCCAGCCAGCUCAGCAGCAAACUGCAGAUGAAGCUGGCUGAAUACUUCCGCAAGAAGGCCGGAGGCAACGUCCAGCCGGAGAGACAGAAGACAGAGACAGAGCAGCUGCAGGAGUACGAGAAGUUCAUGAACAUCCUGACCGACCUGCAACAGAAGCUCACGGCUGACUGUGAGUCAGCCCGGCAGCAGGAAGAGCAGCUGAAAGUACAGUCCCAGGAGAAGUUGGACAAGGUGGAAAAAGAAUGGCGAGCGUUGGCGGCACUGAAGCAGGAGGCGGCUGUGACGGCGCUGAGUCGACACCUGGGUCCAGAAGCAGCUCUGGCCAAAGUGGAGUCGUCCCUGAGAGCGGAGCAGCUCCGGCAGGACGAGCUGUCCAAGCUGCGCCUGAAGCACAUCAAGCUGAAGAUCAAGAUCUGCCGGCUGGAGGCCGAGCUCCGGGACAGGGAGGAACACAGCAGGGACCCCCUACAGAUCCAGUUUGAGCAGCUGCAGGUCGCGAGGCUGGAGCAGAAAAAACACGCUGAGAAGCAAAGUGAGGACUCGCUGAAGCUGCAGAAGAAGAUCAGCAGCGGCUUGGAGCUCCUGUCAAACGUAAAGGAGAAGCUGUGCUGGAGCCAGAUGGAGGUGGAGGUGAAGCGAGAGCAGCUGGCUGAGGUGGAGGCCCAGGUAGCCAGAAGGAGGGACUUCCUGACCAGGACCAAACAGGCACGCAGCAGCCUGCAAGUAGACAACCAGAGGCUGAAGGAGCGUCAGGGGCUGCUGGGGAACAGGAUCCUGCUGCGGGACUUCGAGGACACCGUGGACGCCUCCGACCAGCUGGAGGAACGCCUGGAGAAGCUCAAGUGCCGCCAAGCUGAGGUUGUCUUCAGCGGUGGCAGAUGGAAGAAGAAGCUGGAGACAACUUAGUGGGUAUUAACAUCUGGAACCACAACAAGAUAUCAGCCAGAAAAAACAAGAGAUUCUGAAAAUGAGCCUUUAAAUCCCAUAUCCCAUGUAGCAUGUCGAACCAAUGUGGACUGAUUGUCUUCUUGGGAACAGCAUGAACAGAACAAACAGAACUGGUCCCCAUCCUUAACCUGAACCUUCUCAUAUGCUUACAAGAAAAUAAAAACUUUUCACAAACCGUUUUUUUGGUGCGCUGUUAUCAUCAUGCAGGGAGAUUUUCCAAUACUGCAGCUCUUGUUCAAAGUUGUUCAAGUCCAAACAAAUAACCGCGCUGUCUUUCAUGUUGACUCUGUGAGCCAACAGAGUAACAGAAAUCAGUAUUUUGUCUGUGAGAGUGUCACAAUUGAACAGACAAAUUAAGGAUAAUGUGUAUGAAAUUGGCUAUAUCUGCCAUCCAUAUUAUUGCUGUUUGCAUCAGGACCUUGUUAGCUUCUGUUGAUUGUUUUUCUGUUGGUUGUCUUCAGCGGCGGCAGAUGGAAGAAGAAGCUGGAGACAACUUAGUGGGUAUUAACAUCUGGAACCACAAUGAGAUAUCAGCCUGAAAAUGAGCCUUUAAAUCCCAUAUCCCAUGUAGCACGUCGAACCAAUGUGGACUGAUUGUCUUCUUGGGAACUGCAUGAACAGAGCAAACAGAACUGGUCCCCAUCCUUAAAGGCAUUAUGGAGGAUGUUUUUUUUUUUGUUUAAUUUGUCUGAUUCACAUAAAAUGAAUAUACUGACCAAGAAUUUAAAAAAAAAUUAAAAAAAACUGUGGACAUGGCAGGACCUGAAAAACAUCAGCCAAUCAACGCGCUCGGACCGAGGCGUUUGCUUUGCUCCCUUUCCUGUCAAUCAAAAAUCUUCCGGCUCAGGCCUAGUUACGUAGAUUACGUACACCUUGGACUUAUGUGUUUUCUGUAUGUGUUGCUUUGGUAUAGCUUCGUAGUUAGCUGGCGACUUGUUUUGCUCAUCUUUUUUACAUAGUGGCAGACAAAGAUCCAGGGGGACCCAGCCAUAAAAGACAACUUCACGAGUCCUACGCAAGUUUCUGGAGGGGGGCGUUUCUUCGUAAAUGUUAAGAGGGGGGAGGUUAGAGGGGGGUGAGGGAGAGGUUGUAUGUGCACAUGCUACGUUCAAAGUCGUAGGAAAUUAAAUCUCCUCUAAUGCCUUUAACCUGAACCUCCUCUUACAUGAUCAAUAAAGCUCUUCUUAGAAACUGA